CCUCGUCGCGUCUCGGCUUGUUCCGUAUUGUUCGUGAUCCCCAACUAAACCCCAGAGAUCUGCGUGGGUGAAAACUAAAAAAUUCAAUCGCGUUUUCAGCGAUUUUAUGCGUGUUUUGUGACGGUGCUUGAACUAAUUUAAUUAGAGAUUUUAGUGCUGCCUAAAAAUGAGCGAAAGUUCCAACUCUAAUUGCUCCAAGGAUCGGGCCAAGCCCGUUGAAACCCUCGUCCUGGCCAACUAUGCCUUGAAAGCCGAGCAGAAAAAGGCCCAAGGACAAGGUGGCCGAAAGGAGGACGAACGCAUCACGACUGCGGUAAUGAAGGUCCUCGAGGGAUACGACUGGAACCUAGUUCAGGCGUCAGCCAAGGCGCCAACGGACCGCAAAAAGGAGCACAUCAAGCGCCCCAUGAACGCCUUUAUGGUCUGGGCACAAGCUGCCCGGCGGGUCAUGUCCAAACAGUAUCCGCAUCUGCAGAACUCGGAGCUAAGCAAAUCGCUGGGCAAGCUGUGGAAAAACCUAAAGGAUAGUGACAAGAAGCCCUUUAUGGAAUUCGCCGAGAAGCUUCGAAUGACGCACAAGCAGGAGCACCCGGACUACAAGUACCAGCCGCGGCGCAAGAAGGCGCGGGUGAUGCCAGCCCAGCCAUCCGGGGAGGGGGGAUCCCCGGGAGCGGAAGUGGCUGCGUCUGCCGCUCCUGGCAACUCCAAGCCAAGGAGCAGCCAUUCCUCCGCAUCCAAUGGCCAGAGGCGAGCGGGAAAAGCGAAUGCAGCUGGAAUGGGAGGCUGCCCGACGACCAUCUCGCAUUCUAAUGCCGCGACCAGCUCCUCGGAUGUCUUCAGUAAUGAGGCCUUCAUGAAGUCCCUGAACAGUGCCUGUGCGGCCAGCUUGAUGGAGCAGGGUCUCAUUGAAACUGGCCUGGACUCGCCAUGCUCCACGGCCAGUUCGCUGUCCUCCCUGACGCCCCCGGCCACGCCCUACAGUGGAGCCUCCUCCAGUGCGAAGUCGACUGCGGCCAACAACUCCAGCCUCCUGAUGCGGCAGCUGAGUGAGCCGGUGGCGAGUGCUGGCCACGACUAUGGAGUUCUACUGGAGUCUGGCCGGGAGUACGUGGCUCUGGGCGAGGUCAAUUACCAGGGACAGGCGGGGGUGCACGGCGGAGGGGGUGGCCAGGAAAUGGACUUCCUCGAGAACAUCAAUGGGUAUGGUGGCUAUGCGGGGAGUCGGGUGAACUACCCGGGCUACUCGUACCCACCGAACGGGGGCAACUUCACAGGCGAGGAGCCACAGCAGGCGUCACAGGCCAGCGGAGCCUUAAAUUACAAGCCGGCAGCCACGGACAUCGAUCCCAAGGAAAUCGACCAGUAUCUCAUGGAUCAAAUGCUGCCCCUCACGCAGCACCACCCCCCGCAACACCAGCUGCACCACCCACUGCACCACUCGCCGCCUUUGAACUCCUCCGCCUCGCUCUCCUCGGCCUGCUCCAGUGCCAGUUCGCAGCCAGUGGUAGAGUACUACGAGCACUUGGGCUACUCCCCGGCGGCCUCCGCCUCGCACUUUGCCCCCCAGCCCCCGUACGCCAGCGGAGGCGCCCCCUGACCCCCCAGCCUCAGUGGCCACGCCCCCCCUCAGCAGGAGCUGCAAUCCCAACAGCAGGAACAGCAGCAUCUGUGGGGCACUUACACUUAUGUCAAUCCCUAAGCCACUUCAUUUGCACAUUUGCUGUCCGGCACUGAGAGAAAAAACAGCCCCGUUUGUUAUCAGUUUGUUAUAGAAAUGCCUGAGAAAAAGUGGCCAGACAUUCCUAAUUUUAUUUUAAGCCAACUUAGGCUUCUUAGUAAUAUUCAAAAUUGUUGGUAAUCAAAUAAGGGAGCGCUUUCCUAACUUAUUUUAUUUUAAUUAAAGUCUACUUAGAUAAGUUUUUUACAAGUUAAAAGAGCUUUGCGUUAUUUUUCAUUACUCUCAUUUUUCCAAAGUUAAUUGAGCUAGUAGUACAGGUAAGAUGACCUGUUUUUUCUCAGUGUACCUCCCCCUAUCUCUUCUGUUUCCUGCCCCUCUUUAUGGGUCACUCAGAUGGCUUUCGUUUAUUGGUUUAUUGUCUGUGCAAUGUCUGUGUGUCUUUGUGAUUGUGCAUGUGUGUGUUUUGGCUCGAGGGUCUUUUUGAGGAGCCCCUGCAAUUUAAGCUAAUCGCUGCGAUUUUCGUUUAUGGCUGCAUUAUUUCCUUCACUCAUCAAUAUGCAACUCCAGUGCGAAUCGGGGGGAAAAGCCAUGGCUAUUCAAUCUAAAUGGAAAUUGCUGGUAUUGUUCAUGAGAUGGUUUUUGAAUCGUCAAAAAUAACAAGUUCAUAGCUAAUUGGAAGCAAUAUAAACUAAUAGUUGUAAUAAUACUUGUAGUUGUAAGGAAAUAUUGUUUAAAAUUGGCAAAGAAGUAUGAGCAAUAUUACAAAUAUGAAUGGUAAUAAAAUAUAUAAAUAAAAUAAAUCAA